AAUGAUGAAGUCCUCUGUACACGCAGAAGAAGAUGACUUUGUGCCAGAGCUUCAGAGGAGCAUCCAUCCCAGAGAGAGGCCAGACUGGGAGGAGACUCUCAGCGCUAUGGCAAGAGGCGCUGAUAUUCCCGACAUUCCAGGGGAGCUGGCGCUCCGGACCUGCGGCAGCACAGCCAGUAUGAAAGUGAAGAAUGUGAAAAAGUUAUCCUUUACAAAGGGUCACUUCCCAAAGAUGGCUGAAUGUGCACAUUUCCAUUAUGAAAACGUGGAUUUCGGCAACAUCCAGCUUUCGCUCCCGGAGGAACAGAAUGAAGUAACAAGAAAUGGCUGUGAAUCCAAGGAACUGGUCUACCUUGUACAGAUCUCUUGUCAGGGGAGGAGCUGGAUCGUGAAGAGGAGUUAUGAAGAUUUCCGAGUCCUGGACAAACACCUUCACCUGUGUAUUUAUGACCGGCGCUUCUCCCAGCUCUCCGAGCUACCCCGCUCUGAUGCCCUGAAGGACAACCCAGAGCUUGUCACCCAGAUGCUGAUGGCUUACCUGUCACGUCUCUCUGCCAUCGCAGGCAACAAGAUAAACUGUGGGCCUGCUCUCACAUGGAUGGAGAUUGAUAACAAGGGGAAUCACCUGCUAGUCCACGAGGAAUCAUCCAUUAAUGUUCCUGCUAUUGCUGCUGCCCAUGUUAUUAAGAGAUAUAUUGCUCAAGCAGCAGAUGAACUGUCCUUUGAGGUGGGAGACAUCGUGUCUGUUAUUGAUAUGCCACCAAAGGAGCUGACCACAUGGUGGAGAGGCAAACAUGGAUUUCAGGUUGGAUUUUUCCCUAGUGAGUGUGUUGAACUAAUUAACGACAAAGUUCCUCAGUCCGUGACCAAUUCUGUGCCAAAACCAG